AUGGAUGUCGUCGACCUUCCGGCAAUUUUCCCAAAGGCAACACGAAGGAAACUCAUUGAGCAUUCUGCUCCCGUCUGCAAGAAAUGCGACACGAGAACCGAAAGAGUAAAGAUUGACGACGUCGUCUCAAGAACAGGAAUCGUUCGGCUUGUAUCAACAACGGGGAGAAAUGAGAGGAAAAGAACCGAUGGUAGCGAAAUCGAAUCGAAGCAGGUGAUAAAAAUCGAGUAA